AUGCGGGCCAUCGCGAUAUUCAUAUCCGUUAUUCAGCUUGUCGGAUUCAUCCUGCCUGUGCUUUCCACGCACAUUCCAGGCCACAGCCUGUCACACUCCGCCCCAUCGCUUCACGACAGCCUGCGCCGCGAUGCAUUGGACCACGCCGCUCGAGUCUCGCGCUGGGUGCGGCGGGCACCAUCCCCCCAGGCCGAGCCGCCCAUGUCGACCCCGAGACUGAACGAGCAGGAAUUCAAUCGGACGGCCACGGCAGCAUGUCUAGAUGCGUUGGCUCCAGUGCGGUCCGCGGUAAACCCCUCUGGGAUGGCCGCAUGCUACAACAUUCCCUUCUUCAACCUAACGACGGGGACUUUUGCUGCCGAUGUGAGGCUCUAUCAACUCUCUGACCCCAGGCUGGGUUUCGCCAGAGUGCCAUCGUCUCAAUACACAGUGGAGAUGAACAUUCCAGCGGCCACAGUCGCUUCCCCUGACCGAUUAGCAUCGAACGAGUCGACGGGCCCGAACAGUCCUAUACUACUGCAGGAUUUCAGGCAUAUAGGACAAUUAAAUCGCAUGCUUCAAUUUGACAAACUGAGCACUGAAGAUCUCCGCAUCCUCUUAAUUCCCAACAUAACCAUCACCGCACGCUCUACCUCCAACGAUUCCAUCAGCACAGCCCUCUCGUCCGACACCCUCUCGUACGUUUCUGGCUUCCUAAUGAACCAAGACCGCUCCCCCAAUAACAUCACGUUCCCCGACGCCGCUGCCAAAUUACCCGAUAUCAUCGCUGCCGCAACGAUAUUCGUCAUCCCCGGGACCGCCAUAGAGAUUUUUCCCGUAGGGCUAAUAGUGACCGGGAUAUGGACAGGGCUCUUCUUUCUGGUAGUGGGCCUGGGGACCCUGGGGCGAAUGCAGUUCCGGGAGCAUUUCCGUGGUAGGAUCCAGGCGGACGCGGCAAGGAAACGCGGUGGUUUCCUUUCGAGGUUUUAG